AUUCCCUGGAGGAACCUUCGGAAGCCGCGGGAAAAAAAAAAAAAAAAGAAAAGUCACCGACUCGCAUCAAUGGCCAACCACCGGGAAGAAAGAUACACCUAUGAGGAUUGUAAGAAGACAGCAGAUUGGCUCCUGAGUAAAACCAAGCAUCGGCCACGAGUGGCUAUCAUCUGUGGUUCAGGGCUUGGGGGGCUGGCUGACCUCCUGAAGGACCAAGUGGUGUUUGAUUAUGCCAAGAUACCCAACUUCCCCCAAAGCACAGUCGUAGGCCAUGCUGGCAAGUUGGUUUUUGGAAAUUUGAGUGGGAUGCCGACUGUGGUGAUGCAAGGCCGCUUCCAUAUGUAUGAAGGCUACCCACUGUGGAAGGUGACCUUCCCAGUUCGGAUCUUCCAUCUGCUUGGCGUUGAAACCAUGAUUGUCACCAAUGCGGCUGGAGGGCUCAAUCCUGCCUUCAAAGUGGGGGACAUCAUGGUGAUCCAGGACCACAUCAACUUGCCUGGGUUUUCUGGGCAGAACCCUUUGAUGGGACCGAAUGAUGAUAGGUAGGGUGGCCUUCUCACCUCUCUUGCAUUCUCUUUCUUGCCUGCUCACUGGGCCUCCAUGGGAGAGAAAACAGUUUCUUUAGGGCUCUUAAGAGACUACUUCCACAGCCAACAGUUUUGAAAUUGGACUACAGAUAGUCCUUGACUUACAUCCACAGUUGGGAUCAGAGUUUCUGUCACUGUAGUGGAACAUAGCCUGGAAUCCCAGGAGAGGAGGGACGGCUUCCAAGCAGGCAAUGAG